AUGAAUCGACCGUUGCCGCUCAGGGCUCCGAUGGGGGCCCGUGGUGCAUGGGUUGCGGUCGCCCUCUGCCACGAUUCUGGUGGCGCCAAGUGGAACGAGACGCGGCUAAUGGCUCGGAACGCUAGGAAGUGCGCCGCGCUUAUCGCUGGUGUCCCCGUCCCUCACCGCCUCCGCCCUCGACUGACGAAGGGCGCAGGACGCGAACCGGAACGCCGCACCGCUUUUCAUAUUGCACAUUCAAGUGCUGCGCUCGGUGGGCGCCAGAUAACGAGUCGGUUACAGUUAGGCGUGCGCAGUAGGAGGGGGCCCGCAUGGUGGAGGUGUGUGUAUGGCGUGACGGAUGGGGGCCCACGUGCGCCCACGCCCGCACGCGACGGACACGCCGGCCGGCGCCCGGCGCGGCCACGGGUCGUGGGGGACGUAGGAAGAGCGCGCACAAACCGCCCGAACCUAUUUGCACUCGCUAACGUCCCGCCGCGGGACCCCCGAGGCCUAUACAAACAACUCAUUGGGAACACU